CAUCAUGAAGAGUAUCGUCCUUGCUCUGACUGUUCUCGGCUUUGCCUACGUCAGCGCCCAAAGCGAGCCAUGGUGUCGCUGCGCCCUGUUUGUCUCGACUGAACACACGGAAUGGAUGGUCUACGAGCUGCCUGAAGUGGUCAUCACCGACUGCGAGAGCCACAACCAGUGCAAGAACCGCUGCACCAAAGAGUUCAAUGAGAUGACAAACAACAUGGACCUGUGGUCAACAGUCAACGAUGCAACGGUCGGCUCCUACCUCUGCCAGAACGUGGAACACUUCAUCCACAACAAAUACGUCCACGCCUACUACGAGAUGUGCGGCGGACCCUGGGAGUACGCCGGCCUCGAUUCCCAACAGAUGCUGUGCUGUCACCAGGGACAACACGAGCACUGCGUCUCCAAGUGAAAGGCGAGGGAAUGACACUCAGGACACCGGUCUAAGGGACGUUUUAUCCGUCCGCUUUUGUGACUGAUGUAAACAAUAAACAGGCGCUGACAAA